AUGGCGCCGUCGUACAACAAGACCAUCGCCACCGCGGCCUCGCUGGCGGCGUCCCUGAUGCUCGUCCGCAGUCUCGCGAACGAGCUGCUGCCGUCCGAGGUGCGCGACGCGCUGUCCUCAGCCCUCGCCAGCCUCCGCUCACGCAUGACGUGGCAGCACACCAUCGUCAUCGAGGAGACCGAGGGCUGGUCCAGCAACCGCGUCUACAACGCCGUCAAGGCCUACCUGGCCACGCGCAUCAACACCAACAUCAACAUGCAGCGCCUGCGCGUCAGCAGCGCUGACGAACCCGAGAAGAUGGUCGUAAGCAUGGAGGCGGGCGAAGAGAUGACAGAUGUGUAUCAAGGAGCGGAGUUCAAGUGGUGCCUGGUCACCCGCGAGGUCAGUGGCGACCUGAACAACGGCGAUGGCGGGGCCCGGGAGAUCAGGUCCUAUGAACUGAGCUUCAACAAGAGGCACAAGGAGAAGGCCCUGAAAGAGUAUCUCCCGUUCAUCGCCGCCACGGCCAAGGCCAUCAAGGACCAGGAGAGGAGCCUCAGCAUCUACAUGAAUGAACGCUACGACGAGUGGUCCCCGAUUGACCUCCAACAUCCCUCCACGUUUGACACGCUAGCCAUGGACCAGAAGCAGAAGCAGUCAAUUGUCGAUGACCUCGACAGGUUCAUCAAGAGGAAAGAGUACUACAGGAAGAUCGGCAAGGCGUGGAAGCGUGGGUACCUGUUGUACGGCCCGCCGGGCACCGGCAAGUCCAGCCUCAUCGCCGCCAUUGCCAACCACCUCAGGUUUGACAUUUACGACCUCGAGCUGACCGGGGUCAAUUCCAACUCGGACCUCAGGAGGCUUCUUGUCGGGAUGACCAACCGGUCCAUUCUCGUGGUUGAGGACAUCGACUGCACCAUUGAACUGGAGCAGCGGGAGGAAGAUGACGAGGAGGAUUCCAAAUCCAAUUCUACAGAAAAGAAGGCACAAGACAAGGUUACAUUGUCUGGGCUGCUCAAUUUUGUAGACGGCUUGUGGUCGACAAGUGGGGAGGAAAGGAUCCUCAUCUUCACAACCAAUUACAAGGAGCGUCUCGACCCAGCACUUCUGCGGCCUGGCAGGAUGGACAUGCACAUCCACAUGGGGUACUGCACCACAGAGGCCUUCCAGAUCCUUGCCAAUAACUACCAUUCCAUUGACUACCAUGUCACCUAUCCUGAGAUCGAGGCGUUGAUCGAGGAGGUCACGGUGACGCCUGCAGAGGUCGCCGAGGUUCUGAUGAGGAGCGAUGACACUGAUGUUGCCCUCCAUGAUCUUGUCAAGCUCCUAGAGUUUAAGAAGAAAGAGGCCACUGAGAUCAAGACUGGAAGUAAGCAGGCGGAAGAGAAGAAAGAUGGUGAUGAGAUCAAGACUGGAAGUAAGCAGGCAGAAGAGAAGAAAGACGCCAAUGAGAUCAAGACAGAGAGUAUGGAGGUGGACGGUGGCGAUGAGAUCAAGGCUGAAAGUGUGCAGGUAGAGGAAAAGAAAGAUGACAAAGAAGCGGUGGUGAAGAAUGAGUUCACAGAAAAUGGAAGCGGCUAG